GGUGGAGCGGAAGAGAAGAGAACAUCACUGCAAUAUACACAUACACAUCCUCACAGCCCUGCUGCCGAGAGGCUCUUCUCUUCUCUUCCACUGACACACACACAGACCACUUCCAGGAUCCUUAGAUCCUCAGUGGUGUGAGUCGUGGCUGCAGUACAGAAGAGCACUGCACCCCACAGGACCAGCACAGCCCAGGUAGAAGAGGAUCUGUGUCUGUUGAGAGCUGCUUAUCCCUAACCCCUCUUCUCCUCCUCUGCUGAUUUGUGGAUCGUUCCGCCGUGCUUGUGGCCAGGAGAAAACCUGUUUUCCGACUACUUUUCCAGCACAUCAAGCAGAAAGCAGUCUCAGAGAGAGGACAGUGACUCAAUGAGGGAGCCAGAGAGGGAGGAGCAGACCGACACCAGCAUGCCUCCCAAAUUCAAGCGGCACCUGAACGAUGAUGAGGUUACUGGCUCUGUGCGCAGUGAGAGGAGGAAUCUGCUGGAGGAAGACUCUGAUGAAGAAGAAGACUUCUUUCUACGAGGACCAACUGGACCCAGAUUUGGUCAGCCGAAUGACAAAAUUAGACAGGUGCAGUCUCAGGUUGAUGAAGUCAUUGAUGUGAUGCAGGAGAACAUUUCGAAAGUAAUUGAGCGUGGAGAGCGUCUAGAUGACCUGCAGGACAAAUCUGAGAGCCUAUCAGACAAUGCAUCUGCAUUCAGCAGUCGGGCCAAGCAACUGCACAGGAGGAUGUGGUGGAGAGACAUGAAGAUGAAGAUGAUUGUGGCGCUAGUGGUAGUCAUACUGCUGCUCAUUAUAAUAAUUCCUAUAAUACUAAAGUAUCGCUAGUUUCAAGCGGGGAGGAUGGAGGCUUGAUCUGCUCUUCCUCCUCCUCCUCCUCCUUCUCCUCCUCCUCACUCAUUCCUCCACACCAGAAGAGGGUGUCAUGCAUCAACUCGCUACAGCUUCAAGGGGACCAUCAUCUCACAGGGGCAGAGUAAAGAGUGUGCGUGCGUGCGUGUGGUGUGUGUGUGCUUGUGUAUGUAAUGUGGCCUCAUUGUAAAACAUGACAGAAUCUAAAGCGAUUAAGAUUAUGACAGCAAAUUUGAUAAGGAGAUGAAGACUGUCAAAGAAAAGUCUUUUUCUAGUGCCCGCACACACACGCACACACAUACACACACACCAGGCAACUUGUAGCCUCUUUGCCAAAUGUUUUAUUUUUAAAUUAAGAUCAGAUCUACACUUAAUAAUCAAAUUUUAGGUUAUCUCAUCUCUGUUUAUGAAUUUAUUAGAUAAAACCUUUGUACCCAUACCAGCAGUAUUAGUUUAUGGUACUCUUUCUCACACAUAUAUAUAUUUACCCCUGCAAGUCAAUAGAACUCUUUGGAUAAAGGAAAUGACGAUUUCACUCUGUACUGUUACUGUGAUAGCUUCAUUAUUCAGCAUAAUCUCUUGCUUUUUUAAGAACAAAAACAUGAAUUUAGACUUAAUCCAGGUUUGUUUGGAGGAGGGGGGGGGAGGUGAUGCUUUUAAUUGUCUGCUGCUAUUACCGUUUUCUCUAAAAGGAAUUUUUUUGGUUACUCGCAAGUGUACAAACUGUUAAAACGAUCACUGUAAAUUGUGGUGAGUUGUAUUGUUUCGCUUUUUAAUGGGUUUGCGCAGCCCUUCUUAUAAAGGUUUACGUAAACGAUCGACUUAACUAUGUUCUUAUAAAGUGCUGUAAUUUCGCAAGCUCAUUUUGGGGAGCUCAGUGCUUUUAUGAGCUCACUUUAGGGGUGAGGCCUUUCAAAGUUGAAUACUAGUCUAAAGGUUUUUAUUGUUACGGCACUGAGGUGACAAAAGAGGAACUGGUAGCCUGUAAAAAUAUAGUUUCAGCUGGGUUAUUGUUCGUCAGGUCUUUUAUUAUGUUCUCUGCUGGAAGUUGAAGCUGGUAAAAAGCAGACCGAACUGGCGUACACUGAAUAUUUCCAGGAACGUCCCACAGAUAUCAUCUGUAGUGUUUUUUGGAGGUUACUAACUGACUGGAUAUGAAUUUGCUCGUUUCCAGUACACGUGAGCUUAAAAGCUCAGAUUCCAAAACUCAAGCAUUAAUGUGAUCUGUUGAGCCAGCAAAGCUUUUGCAUGUGUAAAAUUGUGGUUUAUUUAACUGCUGUCAUUUUUAUUGGGGGGAAAAAAUACACAUGACACUUUGUUAAGCAAGUAAUCAACUUUGUAUGGCCUAUGUGAGAGAUAUUUCUGAUGGUUUGAUUGAGGGAGAAUGGAAGAAAACGGACAUUCUGUAAAUUUGUAUCAACUUGUAUUGCUUUACUGACUUAUUAUUAUUAUUAUUAUUAUUAUUUUGUAUUUAAUUUAUAUGUAAAUAUUCAUUCCUUUAAGAGGUGGGCGGUGGAGUCGCAUUGGCAGACUGUGAACUACUUUUACGUUUUGAAAUAAAGUGAUUUUAAAGCGG